ACCGCCAUAUAAACUGUCAUCUCGAAGCACGCGUGACAUCAAAAUUGUGACAUUUUUGUGUAAAUCGGCAUAAAUUGCGCACAUUUUUCUCCAAACAAUCCGUUUUUGGCGAAAAUGCGCAAUUCCAGUGCACGUGUAAUUGUGUGAAACCACCUGCCAGCGCUGUCAUUCAUUUAUUUACGGUGUUAAUUUUUGAAUGUCACUUGGUUGCAUAAAAAGGCACCACAGGCAGGCAUCUAAAAGUGUUUACUUGCCGCAGCAUUGAAAAUAUUCAAAGACUCGUCAGCCGCAAAGGCGAAGAAGAUAAAUAGAAGUGUUACGUAAAUUCAUGUUUUGAUUUGACGUGCUGUCAACUUUGAAAAUGAAAGUCCAUCGUGAAAGAUUUCAGUCGAGCAGCAGCACUGAUGAGAAUGAAUCUGGUUCGGAACAGGAGGAUCACCAUCAGCUUAUGCAGAUUGCCAAUCUCACCAACCUUUCGGUGGAGCCUACAAGGAAGAGAAGGGGGAAUUUGCCUAAGCAUUCGGUGAAGAUUUUGAAGAGGUGGCUAUAUGAGCACAGGUACAACGCUUAUCCUAGCGAUGCCGAAAAAAUGACUCUCUCCCAAGAAGCCAACUUAACGGUUCUCCAAGUGUGCAAUUGGUUCAUUAACGCUCGUCGUCGAAUUCUUCCGGAAAUGAUAAGACGAGAGGGCCACGAUCCGCUCCACUACACCAUCUCUCGAAGAGGCAAAAAACUGACCAACUCUGGUACGAUGGGUGUAGAUCAAGCCCGUGCUCAGUGGGACGAAGAAAUUGCAACGGUCGGAGGGAAACGCAUCCGUUUAGAUCAUGACUACGACGAUUCCAUGAAUCUCAUGUACCGCUCUGAAGAGGACAGUCCGAACGAGUAUGAAAGUUCAAGUCCCAGCGAGGAAGAAAAGUUCAACCCAUGGCAGACUGUUAUUAGAUAUGGGGUUUCGAAAGAAUCGGCCUAUCCGGUGAAGAGGGGUCCUCCAGAGGAAGCCCAGAUCACAACGAACCAGUAUUGGAACGCCUCCCACCCCCAGUUGUCUCACUUGCCGCAGCUCCCUCACCCCCUCUCCACUCCCAAGGUGCAGGUGAUGCCGGCCCACCAGAUAAACCCCCUCCACACGGAAACGGAUCCGCUCAGUACCAACGAGGAGGAGGACAAAGAUAAGUUCAAGUGUUUGUAUCUGUUGGUUGAGACGGCCGUGGCGGUCCGACAGCGCGAAAAAGAGCAAGGAAACGUUCAAGUAUAGCCGCAAAUCUGGGGCAUCGCUCGUUUCACUUGUGCCUUGCUUAGUUUAGUUCGCGCAGAAUCUGAUCAGUCAGUUUUAUGGCAAAAAGUUUAAACACUACAACGAAAGACUGUUGAAGAUUUUUGUACAAGUGUGAUAUUUGUAAUUUUAAACGGUUUGCCAAAAACGCGGUGGUCGUCCUACAGUUGUGCUAAAAGUAUUGGCAGAGGUUUGUGGUGAAACUUUUUGUUAUAAGAUUUCAUAUUUUACUUAGAACUUGUCUAAUGUAGUUGUUUAUUUUUUCUAGUUUUUAGCGUCUUUGGAGUGACAUUUUAAUGAGUUUUUCAUUUUUUCAAAAGAGUGAUAUUAUGUGGUGUUUACUUGAUGUAACGAAAUUUUUGUAAUACCAUUAUUGGAAAUUUUGGUUGUUUUUCUUCUGACUUUUUAGAGCGCGGAUUAUCUCAUUAAAAUUUUGCUUGAAUCAGGGUAGCAUCAACACGUUCUGUGAUAACUGAUAUGUGCAAAAUAGAACAAAUUCUCACUUUGGUACUGUCCAAAUUCAUGACAAAAGCUAUGUGCCAUAAGAUAUUUGAUGAGAUAAUCUGGUCAUCGAGUACUUAGAUUUUGAUCUGAUGACGUGUCAUAAAAUAAGAUUAAACUAUUUCAGUGGCAGAUGUAACUUCUAACAGUGUACCUGUUGUGGCAUUUUCCUCCCAACAUUGUCUCGAUCCAUGUUAAAUAUUUGAAAUUUUGACGAUACAUUUUAAAGUGUAUUCUACUAAUAGUUUUCUAAGAAAUUUUUAUAUACAGAUGACGUUGUACAUUUUGUAAAAUCAACUUUCAUGUUUAAUAUUGUUGAUAAGAUAUAGUUAGCAUUUAGCUUUUUUCUAUUAAGUUCUGAAUUAAUUUAUGAGGUACUCAGAAGUGAAUUUUUGUAAAUAUCUCGAUUUUGUACGACAUGUUUUGUUUUGUAUUUUUCAUGCAUAUUUCUUUCUUUUGUUAGCACCAUCCGCUCUCAUUUCGGCACAGAUUACGUCGUUUUUAUGGUAAAGUUGAAAAUUCUCAAUGUAUAUUCUGUAGAACUGUUUGCUCAAAUGUGACAAGUACAAAAUCUUGUAUAUACUUAAUAGAUAUAUAUACUAAGCAAUAUGUAGAAGGUAACUAUUUUGUGUAGUAAUUUUCUAUUUUUACUAUAAAUUUGAUGACCUUUCAGCCACAGAGAGAAAUAUGUGUGAAAUACUUCCACUGCCAGAAUUACUAUAAGUAUAUUGAGGAUGGCUAUUAUUUACCUCAAAUCUUUGUAUCUAGGUAGUGUUGUUAAUAAAUAUGUUUGAAACGCGA